AUGCCUCCCAAGAAGAAGGUCGAGCGCGGUGCGCAGGAGAACAUCCAGGGCGAGCUUGUUUUCGGCGUUGCCCGUAUUUUCGCUUCCUUCAACGACACCUUCGUCCACAUCACCGAUCUGUCGGGCCGCGAAACCAUCUCCCGUGUCACCGGCGGCAUGAAGGUCAAGGCUGACCGUGACGAGUCCUCUCCUUACGCUGCCAUGUUGGCGGCUCAGGACGUUGCUGCCCGCUGCAAGGAGCUCGGCAUCACUGCCCUCCACGUCAAGAUCAGGGCUACUGGUGGUAACGGCACCAAGACCCCCGGCCCCGGUGCCCAGUCCGCCCUCCGCGCUCUCGCCCGUGCCGGUAUGCGCAUUGGCCGUAUCGAGGAUGUCACACCCACCCCGUCCGACUCGACCAGAAGGAAGGGUGGUCGCCGUGGUCGCCGUCUCUGA